CACAAGCCCCGCUCUCCCUCUCCCCCCCUCUCUCUCUCUGUGGCCCCGCCCCUCCGGAGAAGCUCUACCUGCGGAAGGUGAUGAUGGCAGCAGCAGCAGCAGCGGAGAAGAUGCGGGUCCCGAGGCGGGGCUGAGAUCCGGGCCUCUUCCCCACGUUCAGAACUCCGUGGGCGGCACAUGAUCCGAUGCUCCCAGCGCCAUGCUCCGCAGAUUCCUGGACCGGCCCUGCACCUUGGCGCUCCUGAUCGGUUUCCAGUUUCUCUUCAUGGCCUACUUUUCCUUCGGCGGCUUCCGCAACCUGGCGUCCAUCUUCGGCCGCGACACCAGCCCUUCCUUCGACUAUUCCCGCCGGCAUGACGUCUACACCAACCUCAGCCUGGUCUUCCAGCUGCUGGCUCGCCCCAGCACCAGCAGGCCCUUGCCCUUCUGCCCAGAUCGGUCGCCGUACCUCAUUGGCCCUUUGAUCGUGAGUUUCAGCCAGGUGCCUACGCUGGAACAGAUCCAGGAAAAAAACCCAGCUGUCAAAUUGGGUGGCAGGUACCAUCCUUUCAAUUGCGAGUCCCAUUCCCGCACGGCCAUCAUCAUCCCCCACCGCAACCGGGAAACCCACCUGCGACACCUGUUGUACUACCUACACCCUUUCCUCCAGCGCCAACAGCUCCAUUAUGGAAUUUAUAUUGUGCACCAGGCUGGGAACGCCACGUUUAACCGGGCCAAACUUCUCAACGUCGGGGUGAAGGAAGCGCUGAAGGACGAAGAGUGGAACUGCCUUUUCCUUCACGACGUGGAUCUCAUCCCCGAAAACGACCACAACCUCUACGUUUGCGAUCACUGGAACCCAAAACACGUCUCCGUGGCCAUGAAUAAAUUCAAAUACAAGCUUCCCUAUUUCCAAUACUUCGGUGGGGUUUCGGCCUUGACCCCAGACCAGUAUAUGAAGAUUAAUGGUUUCCCGAACCAGUACUGGGGCUGGGGGGGUGAGGACGACGACAUCGCCAUGAGGGUGCGGUUCCGAGGGAUGAAGAUUUUACGGCCUCCGGUGUCCGUCGGCCAUUAUAAGAUGGUGAAACAUGAGGGUGACCAAGGCAAUGAGCAGAACCCACACAGGUUCGAUCUACUGAUUCGGACGUACCGUUCGUGGAGCCAGGACGGCAUGAAUUCCCUCUCCUACAAGCUCCUGUCCAAAGAGCUGUUGCCUCUUUACACCAACAUCACUGCCGAUAUCGGAACCAACCCUCAGGCCACCAAGAUCGGAAAGGGCUCCCUGUCCGACUUCGGCGGGAGGGAUUAUCCGCGAGACAGCAAUCACGAUUUCCGCCAGGAAAUGCUGCGUAAGACUCCCUUCGCCAAGCUCUCCCAAGCCAUGGGAUGGAAGGACCCCACUCCAGAGACAGAUAAAAAGGGGGAGAAGCCCACCCCGGUCUCAGAAACCCCCAAACCGAGCCUUGGAGCUGAAAAGAGGGAGAAAAGCUCCGCGGCUUCAACCUACAACGAGGUGGACGCUACCCUCGAAACGUUCAGCGACGCCAUCUCCAGCCCGGGAGUCCCCGAACGAGUUUUCGAAGAUCGCGAGAAGGAGACAGUCCAACCCGUACGAGUAGGUCUAUCUUUGCCGCGACCUUCGUCCGGACACGCCGCGCAGAGCUUGGCUCUCCGACCCGACUCUACAAAUCGCACCGAUGCUAGAAGCGCAGAUUAAAAGAAUGAGAUGAUACCCAGAUCGUCAACGAGAGGUCGAAAUUUAGAAUUAUUCUCUCGUCCCUGCUCGAAGUUUGGGGAGGAUCCGUCGGGUGUUCUCCCCAGGCCAGCAGAACAGAAGGGCCGGACGGAGGUAGAGUGGACAAAUAAAGGGGCAGGUAGAACGGGGCAGGUAGAACGGCGCCGAGAAUUUGGUUCCCGUAUCCGCGGGUGCCGGUUGAUUCUUGAAUCUAUCAAGGGCCCGUAUUUCUCGCGCUUCGUAGGACUGGAUUCCCACUCAGAGGCGACUGGAAGCACAGGAGGGAUCGGCUUGGGAAAGGGGCCACUUCUCGUGUCCAAGAUUUCUGUGGAUGGAUAUUUUUUGGGGGGAUAGAAGCGGGGGGAACUCUGCAGUUUUGGUGAAGAGCGGUCCGAUUAAAGCCCUCCGGCCCUCACGGUCCACUUUGCACCUUCUUUUAAAAAAGGGGGGAAGGGCUGAGCCUUGCCACCCCCCCCACCCCUCCCCACCCCAGUGCCAGAGGAAAGUAUAACUCGCUUUGCCAGACUUCUCAACUUUUGUGAAAUAGAAUUUGGAAAAAGGGGAGGGGGAUCUUCUCCCACUCCAGCUGUGCCCACCCCCAGCCCCCCCACGCGAUCUAGCCGGGAUCAAGGAAUGGAGGGAGGGAGUUUUUCUGAUGGAAAGACCCUCUGGGGGCACUGAGCUUCUUCUCAGGGGGCAGGAAAAUCUCCCGCCUCCCCUGAUGGAAGGAGAAACAGCCUGGCAGUUGAAGCUGUUCUUUACUCUCCUCUGAGCCGUUUGCUCGUACAAUCUUUGUUGCUAGUCUUUCUUCCUCUUCUUCUUCUUCUUCUUCUUCCUUCUCUCUUCUUCUCCUCCUCCUCCUCCACCUUUUUUCUCUUUUGGUCUUCUUCCUCCUCCUCUCCAUCUUUUUUCUUUCUCUCCUUAUCUUUCUCCAUCUUUCUCCUUCUCCUUUUUUCUUCCCUUCUUCUUCAUCUUUUCUCCAUCUUUUUUCCUUCUCUUCCUCCUUUUCGUCUUCUUUCUUCAUCUCUUUCCCUUUUCCAUCUCUUCUCCCUCUUUUUUCUUCUCUUCUUCCUUUUCCUUCGUUUCUUCUUUGCCAUAUUUUCUUCUUCUUCUUCCCUUUUCGCUCCUGCUCCUCCUUUUUUUCUUCCUCUGUUUUUUCCAUCUCUUUCCCUUGGAAAUUUUAAACUCUUUAAUAAGCUAUGGAAGCCGACUCCGAAAGUCUGCAUCGAUCUAAAUCCUCUUAAAAGAGUUUUUUAGAGUUUUUUUUUUCUCUCUCAAAGGCGGUCAUCAAAUCUGCUCACUGGCUGUUCCAGAGGCUUGGAUGGAGAAGUCUUUCUCCCGCCUCCAACCGGACUAAUGUUUAUUACUAUUUUAGCGGCUGGACUGUUUUGUAGGUUCCCUGCACCCACCCACCCACCCACCCACCCAUCCAUCCCCUGGAAAAAAAGAAAUCAGAAUAAAAAAAAAUUACCAUGAACUUUUACCCCGUCUUCCCUAAUAUACCAUAUUUUUCCAAGUAUAAGACGCACUUUUUUCCCCACUAAGAGGGUGAAAAUUUAGGUGUGUCUUAUACACCGGAUGUAGCCCCACCCACCUGCCAGCCCCCGCCCUUUAGCCUCCGCCACCCAGCAAUUUGCCUCCUUGCAGCCAACAGCCUGUUUCAGCUUCAGCACAGCCUGAUUAGCACAAGCAGCUGAUUGUCAGUUGGAUCGGCCUCCUGACCAUCAGCUGUUUCAGGCUGCAGGGAUUUGCCAUUGCCUAGUGCUGGCCACCCCAUUUGCUGCAAGGAGGCAAAUUGCUGUGAGGCAGAGCCGGAUCCCUCCCCCGUGCUAAUCAGGCUGUGCUGAAACUGAAACUGGCUGUUUGCUGUAAGGAGGCAAAUUGCUGGGAGGCAGAGCCAGAUUUUUUUUCCCUCCUGUGCUAAUCAGGCUGUGCCAAAACUGAAACUGGCUGUUUGCUGCAAGGAGGCAAAUUGCUGGGAGGCAGAGCCAGAUUUUUUUCCCCUCCUGUGCUAAUCAGGCUGUGCCGAAACUGAAACUGGCUGUUUGCUGCAAGGAGGCAAAUUGCUGGGAGGCAGAGCCAGAUUUCUUUUUUCCUCCUGUGCUAAUCAGGCUGUGCCGAAACUGAAACUGGCUGUUUGCUGCAAGGAGGCAAAUUGCUGGGAGGCAGAGCCAGAUUUCUUUUUCCUCCUGUGCUAAUCAGGCUGUGCCGAAACUGAAACUGGCUGUUUGCUGUAAGGAGGCAAAUUGCUGGGAGGCAGAGCCAGAUUUUUUUUUCCUCCUGUGCUAAUUAGGCUGUGCCAAAACUGAAACUGGCUGUUUGCUGUAAGGAGGCAAAUUGCUGGGAGGCAGAGCCAGAUUUUUUUUCCCCUCCUGUGCUAAUCAGGCUGUGCCGAAACUGAAACUGGCUGUUUGCUGUAAGGAGGCAAAUUGCUGGGAGGCAGAGGUAGAUUUUUUCCCCCUUGUUUUCUUGUAGGUGCGUCUUAUAGUCCAGAGCGUCUUAUACUCUGAAAAACACAUUAUAUUUUUUUUCCUCCUUUGCUUCAGGGCUGGUCCCAGCCUGUUUCCUUCCAUCUCCCCCACCAAUACUCACCUCACAAUCUCUAGAUACUGCCAACGACGUGUCAUUUUAUUUAUUCUAUUUAUGUAGCCGUCAAUCCCCUAUUUGCGGUAGCGGUGCCCUUUUCCCCCUUGUUUUUGAUAUAUAUAUAUUUUAGUUUUAUUUGUUUUUUUU